AUGCCUUCUCUUAAUCUCAACCUCGUUGCUCCCUCUACACACCAUGUCAAUAGCCAGUGCUAUGACAAGCGUGAGUGUUCUGCUUUGGCAGGGUAUGCCGUUCUCUCAGCAAGUUCAUUUUCACCUCUGGUCCAUGUGACCCAGAUCCACGUUCGGCUUAUUCAGGUUGUAACAUUAACAACCGACAGUAACACCACUUGGCGGAUCUUUUAUCCGUCAUUCUACAAUCCAGUGAACAAAUCGCCACAGUCGGACUCAAGGAUUGAACGAAUCAUUAGGUCUGUUCCUCUGCCGCUAUUGUCCGAGGAAGGGGGGUUGAAACUUCUCAAGGGAAACUUAUCUCAAAAUCCGACUUCUACGAACACUGUUUAA